CAGCCCAGUGAGUGACGGGCUUCCGCUUUGCCGCCGCCCGCCGCGGUCUUUUAGGCUUCGGAGUUCCUGCUCACCCUCUCUCUUUCCUUUCCACCUUUCCUUUCUUUCCCAUGGCCCCGGCUCGUCGGGGCGCCCUGGGCGUGCUGCGCUGAAUCCAGGACCGCCCUUCUGCCCCCUUCUCCCCCCGCCCCGGCUCUUCCUCCCUCCCUCCCUUCCAGACCCUAGUCGCCUGAAGCCGCUUUCAUCCCUUGCCCGCAAUCCUCACCUAGAGCCUGGCUGAGCUGUCCUGGGGGGGAAGGGGAAGAGGAAGAGGAAGAGGAAGGGAGGAGAGGAGAAGUAAGUAGACACCGAGAGCCUGCGAGCGAGAGCCAGGCAGCCGCGGGAGGAAAGAGGACGACAAGUAGGAGGAGCAGCAGCAGCAGCAGCAGCCGCCGCAGCAGCUGCGGGGGCCAUGACCGUGGAGCAGAAUGUGCUGCAGCAGAGCACCUCCCAGAAGCACCAGCAGACAUUUUUGAAUCAGCUGAGAGAAAUCACUGGCAUCAAUGAUACACAGAUACUACAGCAAGCCUUGAAGGAUAGCAAUGGAAAUUUGGAAUUAGCUGUGGCUUUCCUUACUGCAAAGAAUGCCAAGACACCUCAGCAAGAAGAAACAACUUACUAUCAAACAGCCCUUCCUGGCAAUGAUAGAUACAUCAGUGUGGGAAGCCAGGCAGAUACAAGAAAAAAACAGUAUAAACCAACCAGAACAAGAUGUGCCACAAUUGAGCAAACACACUAUGGAUCAAAAGAUAAGAGGGAUAUGGAUGUGAUUGAUCUCACUGGAGAUGAUAAAGAUGAUCUUCAGAGAGCAAUUGCCUUGAGUUUGGAAGAAUCAAACAGGGCAUUCAGGGAGACUGGAAUUACUGAUGAGGAGCAAGCUAUUAGCAGAGUCCUUGAAGCCAGCAUAGCAGAAAAUAAAGCAAGUUUAAAGAGGACGCAUACAGAAGUGUGGAGUGAUUCUCCAAACCCUUAUGAUAGGAAAAGACAGGACAAUUGCCCAGUUGGGCUAAAGAAUGUUGGAAAUACCUGCUGGUUUAGUGCUGUCAUUCAGUCAUUAUUUAAUCUUCUGGAAUUUCGAAGAUUAGUACUGAAUUACAAUCCUCCUGCAAGUGCUCAAGAUUUACCCAGAAACCAAAAGGAACAUCGGAAUUUGCCUUUUAUGCGUGAGCUGCGGCAUCUGUUUGCACUUCUUGUUGGUUCUAAAAGAAAAUAUGUUGAUCCUUCAAGAGCAGUUGAUAUUCUUAAAGAUGCUUUCAAAUCGAAUGGCUCACAACAGCAAGAUGUGAGUGAGUUCACACACAAAUUAUUAGAUUGGUUAGAAGAUGCCUUCCAAAUGAAAGCUGAAGAGGAAAGGGAUGGAGAGAAACCAAAGAACCCAAUGCUAGAAUUGUUCUAUGGAAGGUUCCUAGCAGUGGGAGUGCUUGAAGGUAAAAAAUUUGAAAAUACAGAAAUGUUUGGUCAGUAUCCACUUCAAGUCAAUGGUUUUAAAGAUCUUCAUGAAUGCCUAGAAGCUGCCAUGAUUGAAGGAGAGAUUGAGUCUUUACAUUCAGAGAACUCAGGAAAAUCUGGCCAAGAGCAUUGGUUCACAGAACUUCCACCUGUAUUAACAUUUGAACUGUCAAGAUUUGAAUUUAAUCAGGCUUUGGGAAGACCAGAGAAAAUUCACAACAAGUUAGAAUUUCCUCAAGUUUUAUAUCUGGACAGAUAUAUGCACAAAAACAGAGAAAUAACAAGAAUUAAACGAGACGAGAUCAAGAGACUAAAAGAGUACCUUACAGUAUUACAGCAAAGAUUAGAAAGAUAUUUAAGCUAUGGUUCUGGCCCUAAACGAUUCCCCUUGGUAGAUGUUCUGCAGUAUGCACUGGAGUUUGCCUCAAGUAAACCUGUUUGCACUUCUCCUGUUGAUGAUAUUGAUGCUAGUUCCCCACCUAGUGGUUCCAUACCAUCACAGACAUUACCAAGUACAGCAGAGCAACAACAGGGAACUCCUUCAGAACUACCAAGCACAUCACCUACACCAAGAUCAUUUAUACAUAAGCCAUUUACACAGUCACGAAUACCUCCAGAUUUGCCCAUGCAUCCAGCACCAAGACACAUAACAGAAGAAGAACUUUCUGUGCUAGAAGGCUGUUUACAUCGCUGGAGGACUGAAGUAGAAAAUGACACUAGAGAUUUGCAGGAAAGCAUAUCUAGAAUUCAUCGUACAAUUGAACAAAUGUACUCUGACAAGUCUAUGAUACAAGUUCCUUAUCGCUUACAUGCUGUCUUAGUUCAUGAAGGCCAAGCCAAUGCAGGGCACUAUUGGGCAUAUAUUUUUGAUCAUCACCAAGAGAGAUGGAUGAAAUAUAAUGACAUUUCUGUGACAAAAUCAACGUGGGAGGAGCUAGAACGAGACUCUUUUGGUGGCUACAGAAAUGCCAGUGCGUACUGUUUAAUGUACAUUAAUGAUAAAGAACAUUUCUUAAUAAAAGAAGACUUUCAUAAGGAAACUGGACAGAAACUUGUUGGAAUGGAAACACUACCUACUGAUUUAAGGGACUUUGUCAAAGAAGACAAUCAGAGAUUUGAAAAAGAGCUAGAGGAGUGGGAUCUACAACUUGCCCAAAAAGCUCAGCAGGAAAAGAUUUUAGCAUCGCAGAAAAUGAGGGAGCCAGCACCUUCUGUAAUGACAGCACAAGCAGAAGAACCUGAAUAUCUAGAGCAACCAUCCAGAAGUGAUCUUGCCAAGUAUUUGAAAGAAGAAACAAUGCAAGCAAUCACCAAGGCAUCAUCAGAACAUGAAGAUAAAAAUCCUGAAACUGUUUUACAGCUGACCCCUGAAAAAACCACCAGUCAACCACCUCCUAACCAGCAAGUUGUAGAGGUGGCGAUUCCUCAUGUAGGGACAUUUAUGAUUGAGUCAGUGAAGGGGGGUUAUGAUGAUGAGAUCAUGAUGACACCGAACAUGCAAGGUAUUAUCAUGGCUAUAGGUAAAUCCAGGAGUGUAUAUGACAGGUGUGGUCCUGAAGCAGGGUUCUUUAAGGUACAAUUAACAUUUCCAUCUUUAUAUUUCCUCUGUUUUUCCCCCUAGCUUUUUUAUUCCAAAAUAUUUUGUUCUUUUAUAUAUAUUUGUUACUAGUACCAUCACUAUUCUUUUAUGUAGACUUUAUUCCUGAAAGGAAUAUUAGAAAGAGUUGCCAAAGCUAACUGAAUCAUUGAGGAAACUGUACAAGUAUCUUGGCAGGAAAAAAUGCUUUUACCUGAACUAUCUUAAUAUUUCUCUCCUCUGUUUUAUGGAUGUUGAUCUACCAUAUGAUUGUAGGAGAGAUGAUGUUGAAGAAUAUUUGUAACUGGUCUUUGAUACUGAAGACAGUAAUUUUAAUGGCUAGAAUCAGUCUUGUUAAAAGUUCACUCUUCUGGACUUGUUGACAGGAGGCUUGGUACAAAUCCUAGCUUUGACAUUUAUUAGCUUUGAUGAAACUUGGGGAAAGUCACCUAACCUCUUGGAGCCUCAGUUUCUUUAAUUAUAAAUGAGCAUAAUAAUACUUACUCUGCUAGGGCAGUUACUAGUAAUAACUCAACUUUUAUAUAGCACUUUGGGAUGUGCAAAGCACUUCCACAACAACCCUGUGGUGUAGGUUUUAUUUUUUUUUCCAGUUGACAUGUAUUGAAUAUUUACUGUGUGCCAUAUACUACAAAGCUUACAUUGUAUUGGGGGAAAACAACAUUCAAGAGAGAGAGAGUCAAGAGAAGGGGGUACCUGGAGUUUAAUGGGCAGGUAAGAAAGUCAGACCUAUCUUUUAAGUCUGUCAAUUUGACAGCUGUGUGGAAGAUGGGUUUGAAAGGAGAGAGAACCUAAAGAAGGAUUUCUUGACCUUUUUUGCGUGUCAUGAACCCCUCUGGCAAUCUGGAUAAGCCUAAGGAGCUCUUCUUGAACAAUAAAAUACAUACCACUACAAAAGAGUCAAGUGCAUUGAAGUACAGUUGUCAAAAUAUUUUUAAAGAAUAAAUUUAUGAACUUCUGGUUGAAAAUUCCCUACCCUAGAAGGGGGGAAAAAAAGAGCAUUUAGGAAAUUACUUCAUUAGUCCAGGUGAUUAUGUCAAGUCCCUCUAUUAAAGUGAUGGUUUUGUGAUAAAAUUAAAAGAUUUGGCAUCUGAUUGGGGCUGAAAGAUGAGAGUGAGGAAGGAGUUUUGGAUAAUUGAGAUUUCAGACACCUGCAUAAUUUCAAAAUUGUGGUGCCCAUAGUAGCAAAUGCAGAAAUAGGAUUGGGUUAAGGGAAAGAAAGUAGGUCCAGAAUAAACUUUGUACAUGUUGAGUUGGAAGUACAUAUGAGAAAUUCAAUUGGAAGAGUCCAGAAAAGUAGGCUGUGAUAUAGAACUGAAAUUCCAAAAAAGAGACAUAAGAAGACUUUUGAAGUUGCUCUUAUUGAAGUGACAGUAGACAGAGAGGUAUGGCUAUCCACUACUGUAUGGCGAUGGGUGUCAAGAAAGGUCCCAGAACCACCAAGAAUAUGAGGAAACCAUGACAGUGCUGCCACCCUGAGUGCUUGAC